AUGGUGUCUUAUGACAUGAAAUGGAGUACAAGAGGAUCCGGUCGAAAUUAUGAUAGUCUAAAUGGCUUUGGUGCUGUCAUUGGUCAUUACAGCGGAAUGGUCUUAGAUUACGCGACUUGCAACAGAAAAUGUAAAAAGUGUGAUAAUAAUGAUGGACACGUUCCUGACCACGAUUGUCGUCGAAAUUUCUACGGUUCUGCAAAAGCCAUGGAGCCUUGUGUAGGGAAAAAACUAGUCGUCGAGAGUGAAAUCCUCAAAUCCCAAAAUGUAGAGGUUGGAGUUUUGAUAGGGGACGACGAUAGUUCCACCAUUGCUGCUUGUCGAAGCGCUAGUAAUCAUCCUAUCCUCAAACAAUCUGAUAAAAAUCACGCGUCAAAAGGUGUCAAAAAACAACUCUAUGGUAUUCAAAAAAAACAUAAAAAGCUGACAAAGGAGGGUAUUACAUAUCUUCAUAAGUGCUUUACGUAUGCCAUUGCGCAAAAUACAGGAAAUAGCAUAGCUAUGACCGCAGCUAUACGUAGUAUUCCACAUCAUGCUUUCAACGAUCAUACUCAAUGUGGCAUAUGGUGCGGUUACAUAAAAAAUAAAGAAAAUUAUGAUCAUCGUGCUGUGCCUGGAGGAUUUAGUAAUCAAAAUUUGUUUCAAGAUUUGAAAGAAGUGUUUUAUAAAUUGGCUGAUAACGCUGCAAAGUUUGCCUGUGGAGCCUCCAGUAAUCGCAAUGAGAGUUUAAAUGCCACAAUGGCAAGUAAAGCCCCCAAAUCCCGUUGUUACAGCAUGAGUGCAUCCGCAGAUUUUCGAUUUUCAUGCAGUGUAGCUCAGAAAAAUCUUGGGGAAAAAUACACCCAAGACAUAGCAAACCAAAUUCAGCUAUCAUCCGGAAAGCACCAUUUACGUCAUAUCUCCAAGACAGACAAAACUUAUUUGCAACGGAAAGCCCGUAUAAAUACUCAUCAAUAUAAAAAAAAGCGUAUGGAACAAAAGAAACUUCGUAGCAUUCUGCGCUAUCGAAGAGAAAAUAGCGAAGGGCUUACAUAUGAAAGUAAUUGUGGCUUAUUGACUCAGCCAGCUGUACCUAUUGAGGAAGAAAAUAACGAGCGUGAUAACGAGAGUGAUAUUCCGAUCAUUCUCUUUGAUCUAGAGACUUCAAGCCUGAGACGAGAUUGCGACAUCUUGCAGAUUGCAACUAAAUCUGUCAAAAAGCAUUUUGAUAUUUAUAUCAAUCCAACGCAGCAAGUCUCCAUAGAUUAUAUGAUGCUCUAA